UGAAACUGUCUUUACCUCGGUUCAGAAAGGAGCUGGGUAGUACAUCUGCUUCAACCUGACUGACAAUAACAAUACAUCUGCUUCAACCUGACUGACAAUUGCGUAGUUGUAUCCAGAUACAUUUUCGUUCUGCAUUUGGGGCUCGGUGGAUUAUUAAAUGUAUUCGGUUUGGACUUAUGUUUUCUCUCACCCGUUGUGGGCGGUAUCGACGGUGAUUUUGGGACUUGUCUUGCGAUCACAGCGGAGAGGGUCGUGGGAUCCGCGCGCCUGUCUGGUGCAACUGAAGGGCAAGACAGCCAUAGUUACUGGAGCUAACACAGGGAUAGGGAAGUUCAUUGCCCUUGACUUUGCCCGGCGCGGGGCUCGUGUCAUAAUGGCGUGCCGGAGCGAGGCUCGCGGUAGCGUCGCCCUGCAGGAGAUCCGUAAGCGGAGUGGGAAUGCCGACGUGCACCUGCGUCUGGUGGACACCUCGUCCCUGGCGUCGGUGAGGGCGUUCGCAGAGGGCGUCCUGCGAGAGGAGAAGGAGCUCCACAUACUGGUCAACAACGCCGGGGCUUCAGGCUUGCCUAGAGAUAUCACCUCAGAUGGGCUCGAGGUGUCCUUUGCUACCAACCAUGUGGGUCCUUUCCUCCUCACCAACCUGCUUCUGGACCUGCUGAAGCAAUCAGAACCGGCACGCAUCGUCAACGUGUCAUCCGUGAACCACUGGAGGGGUAUGGUUGACUUCUCGCACUUCAAGGGCAAGAACCUGGGCUACACUAUGGACAGUGUGUACAACCACACCAAGCUGCACAACGUCAUCUGCACUAACGAGCUGGCGCGAAGGCUACAAGGAACAGGGGUGACAGCUAACUCCGUCCACCCCGGGCUGGUGAUGACAGAAGUGAUGAGACACUACAACUUCAUGGUUCGGUUCCUCUUCAACAUGAUCGGAAUAUUCUUCUUCAAGUCUUCUGAGGAAGGGGCAGUGAGCACCAUCUACUGUGCGGUUGCCGUGGAGAUGGAGGGAAUAACAGGGAAGUACUUUGACAGUGACUGUUCCCUGGUUCUCCCUGCUCCCCUGGCCCGAGACCCCGCCCUCGCAGUAAAGGUCUUUGAGUUCUGCGAGAGAUUGACAUCCAAGUUCUGAGGGAGCGAGAGUUUUUCUUGAAGUGUUUUAUUCAAUAGCAGACAAGUAAAAUAUAGUGUAAGGUUUUAUAAUCUGUGAAGGAUACCUAUAAAGUUUUUUUUGUGUUUAUUUGUGCGUCUUCAGUGUUGUAGAGUCACCUAACAGCUCAGACACACCAAUAAUGUUUGCCGUAGGUCAUGUGAUAUUUUCAGCUGACUGUAUUUUCCUUCCCUGUGAGUAGGGACCUGCGUUUUGGUUAAUCAUGUAAUAAGACCUGGAAUUUUAACCUUUUAUUUUAAGCCUUUUCCAGAAAUGAGAAGUAGACCAAAAAUGAAAGCAAUUGUCUGAGGAUGGUGCUGGACCAUCUGAGAAAAGGGGACAGUUGUCAUGUGUUGCUGCUAUGCUAUGUUGUUGUUAUCUUAGGUCUCUAUGUAGUGCUGUCUCUCGUCGGGAUGUGUGUUUUGUCCUAUAUUAUUUCAUUUAUUUUUAAUCCUAGCCCCUGCAGGAGGCCUUUUGGUAGGCCAUCAUUGUAAAUAAGAAUUUGCUCUUAACAGACUUGUCUAGUUAAAUAAAAAUGAAAUAUAAAUGGUUAAAAUUCAGGUCAUGUGACGUGAUUAACCCAAAGACAGGGCCCUAACUAUGAGGUGUGUGUGUUAAUGCGUGCUUGUGUGUGAAGAGGGAAUUAUGUCAAUAAACUUACUACCAGCAA